CUUGCUAGACAACCUCUUUUCUUCAGGGAGACCAAUCCACAACCCAGGAAGCAUACCUUAUGGCAGGCAACAUCAGAUUUUACUGGUGGACAGGCAAGCAUACACAGGCAACAUUUUCUUCAGUGCCCUCAAGGAUUGUUAGGAAAGCAUUUUGAAAAACUUAUUCAAUGCGAUCCUCGCCUUAACUUUCUUAGUCAACAGGGAGAGAUAGUUUUAGAAUCUCCAUAUUUUGAACCCAGGAUUUCUAUGUUUGACGACUCAAAUGAAUUGAACCGCGAGUUUGAUUUGAAUGGCGAAGAGAGGCAAGCUUUUUUCGACUUGCGGGAUACUGCAUCACCAUCUAGAGCUCAACCUUCACCAUCUAGAGCUCAACCUUCACCUAGCUCAGUGAUGGACACCCAUGCAAUUGAAGAAAUCAGAAGUAGAGCUGAGGAACUCAAGAGGCUUAUUGAGAAAGAUCAAAUCAAAGUACCUGAACUCCGCUCUUCUAUGUCAAUGAGUGAUCUAGUAAGCCACAUUGAACAUCGGUUCUCAGAACAAAGGACAUCCAACAAUUUUACCCUUUCUGUGGAAGAGCGACAAAGCUUGGAGAUUCUGGAUGAGAUUACUCGGUGUUUAUUCAGUGAUUCUCAACUUACACUAGCUUCCGAUGAGAAAUGCAUUAUGUCGAGAGUCAAUUCCCUUUGCUGCCUUCUUCAGAAGGAUUCUAUGACAUCCCAAAACUUGCAGGUUAAAGGUGAUGAUAGUUCUGAUGUAAUAAUGGACAAGAAAAUACGCGAACCAAACAAAUUGUCUGCAUCAGAUGGUGAAAGCAAGGUCCUGGAGGAUCUCACAACUCCCGAGAGUGAACCCAAGGUUUCGGCCAUGACGAGGAAGGACUCAGUUGGGGAGCUGUUGCUUAAUCUUCCGAGGAUUGCAUCUUUACCGCAGUUCUUGUUUAAUAUCUCAGAAGAUUUCGACAGUCAAGCUAGAUAGGGUGUGAUCUUCCUUGUUUUCCAUGGCGGGAAAGUAUGUAAAAAGUACUAGUAUGGAAAUUUCUCUCUCCUUUGACCGUAAAUGUAGAUAGCGGUUACUGGUUAUUCACUGAAUUUUCUCUCCUUUUGUAUGUCUGGUCUUCUUUUCCAGUUCUGUGGUUUAGUUCAAAAGUACUAUUUGCUUUGUACAGUUUGCAAUGUUCUGUGAUCAAUCUAAAAUGAAUUAAUUUUGGCAGAAAA